AUGCACAAAGGGGCGGGGAAGCGGACCAUCGACAUCAUCCUCGCUGACAUUCCUCAGGCACAUGCUUGGGGGCUGUUCGGCGUAAUUCUCGGAGUGCGAAGGACGCUCACUGUUAACGAGUUCAAGGUCGUCUACUGCCUGACACAGCCGACGACCAUCGCGGUCGGCCCGGCGCGUUCGUACAACGAACUCGAGUUGCCAACUGAUGUCGAAGAGUUCAAGAUUUCUGUGCUAUGGUGUGACAACCGACCAAUUUUCUUCCACGCCGCCUUCAACUGGCAUGAGCAUGUCAUUCUCGGAGGCGAGUCCGCUAUGGAGGCCCUUGGUGACGCUCGUUACGCUGCCAUUAUAGACGUCAGCAAGCCAUCAUUCUGGGCUUGGUUUUUCCUGGUCGCUGAAAAGAUCACUGAGAUUAAAUCACCGUGGGGCUUACGGCCCAGCCACUGCCUCGUGCGAAUGUCCCUCGGUGGCAGGCCGAAAAAGGCUACGGCCUCAUUGACGAAUUCCAUAUAG